CAUUGCUUUUAUUGUGAAAAGAUGCAGAAUGUUGACUAGAGGGCAAAAACUUUGUCCUGGCCAGAGAAACUUCACCCUCCACACAUUUAAUGAAGUUUCUGGGAAACAAAGUUUAUAGAGUAGGGCCACUACUUUCCAAGUCAGGACUACACAAUUAAACAGGAACACACACUUUCAAGUCAGGAACAGAACUUUAUUAUCACUUUUUAGAAGCUGCGUUGAGAGAGACAUGGGUUUAAAAAGAGAAUUUUCAAAGAAACGUGUAAUGACUACAAGUCCCAUAUGUUUUGAUUGACCUAAGUUGCAAGAGGCCUGUGUUUGAGAAAGGCCUGUACUUGAGAGAAAAUGCUGAUGUUUGGGGAAAGAGUUGUUCCAGAAAAAAGAGAUGUUUUCAAAUAAUAACAAUACAUCAAGUCAGAACCGGUUCCCAUACGAUUUCGAGCGUAUACUUGCAACAAGUCAGGGUCAGUAACAUGAAAAUUGUCUAAAGAAUCACAUGUUGUUACAGCAUAGAAAACCAAUGGGAUUACAUGGUGGUUAAGAUGCUUGUGACAUAUCCAACAUUAGACAAAUGGGGUAAAUGAUCUUUGUUAGCCAAUAAGGAUAUGCUUACUAUUUUCUGUGGAAGUGAUGAAAACCCUUGCAACCAUUUUGAAAGUUGGACAAAUCCUUUGAUUGCAUGUAUGCAUGUAUUUGUCACAUUGCUAUGGCCACGCAAUAGUUCUUUUGCAGUUUGAAGAUCCAAUUUUUGUGGUGUCUUUUCUCGCCCUCUCCACAGAAAAGGGGCCUCCUGCUUUUGACUUUGGAUUAAGAGGGGUAUUUUUUUUACAUCUUUUACAUCUUUGCCCCUUUAGCGUGGCCAUCUCUGCAGACAGGUUUGGUCGUGUACUUGUGCCUGAGAACUACAGGGUGAUGUUCCUGAGUUAUACAUGUCUGUUCCUCAUUGCUUUUAUCCUAAAGACAUGGGGAAAGUGGAUUGCAGGGCAAAAACUUUGUCCUGGCAAAUGAAACAUCUCCAUCCACCCACUGUGGCACACAAAGUUUGGGUCCCAUGGCCCAUGAUUCCACCCUUCAAAGCAGAAGAACAGAAAAGGGAGAUGCACGGGGCCACCCUUCCUUGCUUCCUUCCUGCUGGGCCGCCCUCCCAAGAGCAGCUCCAGGCUACUGAUUGUUUUUCUUUGAAAAGGUUCCAUUCCUGCCAUGGAGACCGGGGGUUCUGAGAAGCCUCGAGUCAGUUGGCCCUGCCAUUGCCUUCCUGACCACCAACAUGGGCAGAGGGCAUUCGAGGCAGGUCCAGCCGGGGCAGGCCCUGACAGAUGCCUCUGCACCACAGGCCCCUCCCUGCCCCGCCCCGCCCCCAGGAUGGCCCUGGACACGUGGUUCAGGAAGGCCAGGACGAGGCGCCCACAUCUCUGCCUCAUGGGCCCCGAAAACGUAGAGGCUGUUCCUGUGGAUCCUCCAAGUUUCUGGGUAGAGAGAAGCUCCCCUGGGAGGCCAGCAGCCUUGAAGUGGAGCAUGGGAACCUGACCUCCGAGAGUGCAGAGAGUGUCUAUGAGCCCCCUCAAAAGACAUCAACGGACUCCGAAGCAGCAACGCUGGCUGACAUCCCCAGUCUGGAGGAUGAGGUACGGGACCCUCUCUCCAGUUCAAGCAGCUCUGUAGGACAUGAGGAAGAAGACGAUCCAUCCCUGCACUCAUGGAGAUAGUCCUCCCUGGACCCAGAACAGGUAAAGCUCAGAGUUCCCCCUAGCGAGGCCUGGGACCACUACCAAGGAGACAUCACCCAACGCCUUUCUCAGGAUGCAGAGAAGGGCCUACUCCAUCGACCUUCUAGGUGGCAGGUUUGUCCAGAGAUGUCCAGCUUUCAGGUAGGCUGCUCUUCUCAGCUCCCGUCAUUACCCUUCUAGUGGUCUCUUUGGCCACUAGAAAGGUAUGUAGGGACCACACAUUUACCUGUCACUGCUCUCCCUCCACUUUUGGCCCAGCUGCCAGGUGCCAUUGUUUCUCUUCUUUUUUUCUUGACAGGCAAAACAACACCUGCAUCAUCUAUGCCAGCUGGUCUGCAGUUCCUCCUCUGCAGAGGUCAGUGGAUUAUGUGGCCCGCAAACAUCUGAAGAUGGCCACGUACCACUUUCUGAAGUCUGAC